AUUCAUCGCUGCCUUCUUCUGGAUGCCAGAGUCACCACUGUUCCUUAUGGUGGAAGGCAAAGCAGAGGAAGCUAAAGAAGCCCUGCGAUGGCUUAGGAAUGGCUAUGACAGUGAAAUUGAAUUUGAGAGGCUACAAUACAGAGCACAAGAUGUUUUAGAAAAUAGGAAACAGAAGAUAUCUUUAAAAAUCAUUACUCAACGAUGUACUUGGAGGGCUCUCCUAAUUUGCAUGGGCCUGAUAAUCAACCAACAAUUCAGUGGACCAGCACCAAUUACAUCAUACACCCUCACGAUCUUUCAGGAUUCGGGGACGACUAUUCCAGCAAGUAUAGCUACUAUAUUGAUAGGAACUUUGCAAACCACGGGCUCAUUACUGUCCACUUUGACCAUUGAGAAAUCUGGAAGGAGAAUGCUCCUUAUUUCCAGCGACAUCAUUAUGGCCAUAUGUCUCUUUACACUAGCUGCUUAUUUGUACUUCAGGGGGUUAGGCUGGGAUUUAGGAUCUCUUGGAUGGCUACCUGUUGCUUGUUUAUCUGUAUACAUUUUGGGCAUGGGAGCGGCUGUAGGUCCAUUACCUUUCACAAUCGUGACCGAGCUGGUGAGUCCUCGGGCACGCAACAUGGUCCAAAGCAUUUGCAUGACCCUAGGCUCUCUAACCACGUUCACUGCGAUCAUCAGCUUUAUGCCACUCAUUGGGCUAGUCGGGCAACAUGGCUGUUUCUGUCUGUAUGCUCUAGUCUGCGUUGCUGGUGCGGUUUGUGUGUUUUUCAUGAUGCCAGAGACGAAGAACAGAAGUAUCGAGGAUGUCAUCAGGCAAUUGAAUGGAGAUGAUUACAUUCGAUCGGUUUUGCGAAGGGAUUCAUCUGAAGAUCACCCCAUUACUUCACAAGAACAUCUGAAGAUUUUUAACUGCACUGUUCAGAAUGAUGAUUGUAAUCUGUAA